AUGGGCGCUCAAAGAUUGCCGUGGAGCAGCUUUCCGAUUAUCAAACUGGACAGGCGUCCGCCAACACCACCAACAGCAUCUCGAUAUUCUUCUUCAGCUAACAUUCCGGCGAGAAUGUCUGUCAGAAGCAAUUCUCAUUCGGGAAAGCCCAUACUGCUUUUCGACAUCAUGGAUACUAUAGUCCGCGACCCUUUCUAUCACCAUAUCCCACCAUUCUUCGGAAUGUCGAUGAAGGAACUUCUUGAAUGCAAGCAUCCUACUGCCUGGAUUGAGUUUGAGAAGGGUCUCAUUAGUGAGAUGGAGCUGGCACGAAUGUUUUUCAAGGAUGGACGACCGAUUGAUUUGGAAGGCCUCAAAAGCUGCAUGAGACAAGGAUAUACCUAUAUCCCAGGAAUCGAAGAAUUACUGGCUGAUCUGAAGAAAAAUGGAUAUGAAAUGCAUAGUUGUACUAAUUAUCCCAUCUGGUAUGAAAUUAUUGAAGAAAAGCUUAAACUCUCAACCUUCAUAUCCUGGACCUUCUGUUCAUGCUUAAUGGGAAAACGGAAGCCUGAUCCUGAUUUUUAUAUGGAUAUUUUGAAACACUUAAAUGUGGAGCCAGCAUGUUGUAUCUUCAUUGAUGACAGGAUGAGAAAUGUUGAGGCUGCAAUUGAUGUUGGUUUCAAUGGUAUUCAAUACAAGAAUGUGGAGUUACUACGUAAAGAACUUGCUAAUUUGGGAGUUCUCAUAGAGACAAGCUAA